AUGCCAGAUCUACGACAGAUGCCUCGUGCUGUAUGCCCCACUCCGUAUGCUCUAGGCUCGGUGUGUGGCCGUGGAGAGCGUGAGCUGCCUGGCUGGAGGAGCAUCAAGGAUAGCACUGAGAUCCUGGGCAAUUGCGCCGAGAUCAUCAACUCGACAUGCAAAUACAUCUUCGACGUGCUUUCAGGCAGUGAGGGGCGAUGGAAUGGAUGUGUGAAGAUCUUGUCAGCUGCUGAUGGCUGUGCUGACGACAUGCUGCAAGAGGCGCAGGCAAGGUACGUGCCAACAAGUGUCAUGCUGGCGCAUUCAUUUUCUUCUUCUGCUGGAGCAUGGUCUGAUUACAGAACGAAGAUUCGGGUGUAUGGCGGAGAUGUGCGCAAUCCGGUCAUGCCAUAUUGGCAGCCUCAAGCCCUGCCGUGGCAAUUCCCGAUGUACUUGGAUCAUCGGUUCAUUUUCCUCGACAACACGCAGGACUUCGCUUCCCAGCUCUAUGGCCAUGGGCAGUGUGAGGUUGGCCAGUUGUUCGACGUCGUCCUGCUCCGUCAGGGCUUAUGCUUUUGUGACGACCCGUCGAAGACGUCAACUGCUUGGCCGCUAGAGGUGAGCCUGUCCUGUACAUCUUGUGCCAACUGCCGGGCAUCCCUGAGCCCCGACCAGCUGCGGGUCCAGGAUCCGGCAUCCGUGCGCGUGACGGCCAUCUGCGGUGUGUACAGACUUGAGCCCUUUCUUUGUGAAAAUCGGCCGGCUUAUCGGCUGGGGCGCUGUGUGCUUCGCUGGUGCCCUGAUCGAUUGGAGUGGGCUGUCCUGGACGAUGCCGAUGGUGGGGCUUGGGCAUUCGCUCGUGGAGAUUUGGGUCAUCCGAUACUCUCAAGAGGUCCAUGGACUGUCUGGGAUGGGCAGAGCAGGGGCCUGAGUACAGGAAGCGUAGCGUCCGUGCCUGACGAAGCGCUGCUUGCAACAAGAAAGGUCGUGAUUUUGAAGGAAAUGGAUUGUUGCUAUUUUGAUUGCUUGGUCUUCACAUUUUUUGGUGCAGUUUCUUCCUCGUUUCCUAAUGUUCCAUGA